AUGUUUAGAAACUACCUUAAUCUAAGAGAAAUUUUAUCCCAAUCAUAUCUCAAUAAAUAUUCCAUAUUACUACUAUUAAUACUUAUCAAACUAAUUGUACUAAAAAAUUCACUAUUGAAAAACUUAUCUCUGGAAUUGCUAGAUAAAUCAGUUUGUGAUAAUGAUGAAGUUCAACCAGUGUUGAAUACAGUUCAUAAAAUGAUUGUUGACAAACUACAAACAUUAGAAGUAUCAGGGUUGGUAUCAAUUAUAUUACUUCUAAGGGCAAUAAAAAAUAUGGUUUUAUUUGUCAUUGAAUUAUUUUUGGGUACUUAUAUAUGUAUACUAAAUGCUGCAUUAAAAGGAACAACAGAAUUUGCAUUUGAUGCAAGUGAAGGUGUUAUUCAAGCAGUUAAUGCUACUGUUGUAUCAGCAACCAAUGAUAUUGAAUCAGCUUUACAAGGUCUUUCUCAAUUUAUAAAUGAUCUUGUUAAAGGAUUUAAUGCAAUUUCUAAUUUUUUAACAGGAAACAAACUGACACAACAAGCAUCAGAAUAUCAAAAUCAAAUAAAUAUAAGUCUUGGAGAAUUGAAAGAUAAAAUCAUGAUUCCUGGUGAUGUACUUGAUAAAAUCGAUAAAGCAAGAAAUGUAAGUUUUGAUGGAUUAUCAAAAUUAGAUAAUGGUACACAAACAUUAGUUGCCACACCAUUUGAUAAAGUUGUUCAGAAAUUAAAUGUAAUGAAGGAUAAUUAUAAUUUUAGAAACUCAACACCAAGUCCACUUAAUUAUAAACAAGAAUGUUUGAAAGAUAUGAAUAAAUUACAACAAGUUCAAAGUGAUUUAGUUGAAGUUGUUGAAAAUGUUAGUAAGAUUAUAUUUAUUGGAUUAAUUAUUGCCAUGGCAUUAUCAAUCAUAUAUGUUGCAUUUAUACAAUGGAGAGAAUGGAAACGUAUGGAUCAAUUUAUAUAUGAAGAACAAAUUUCCACAGAUAUUGAAUUCCGUAAUCGUUUUAAUGUUUAUAAUAAUGAUGUCCUUUAUAUUAUUGAGAAACGAAUGGGAUAUUAUAUGAAUGAGAAAAUGAUAUGGAUGUUUAGUUAUUUAUUUAGUAAAGCAGCUAGAAUUGUAUUCUUUUUUGGAUUAAUGGGGAUUAUUUCAGUUGCAUUACAAUUUGCAUUGGUUAAUCAUGUUCAAUCACAUUUGAAUAAUCAUAUGGAAUCUUUUAUUGGUAAUUCAAGUGAUUCUUCAAAUUCAGUUACAAAUUAUGUUCGAAGUAUGAAUGAUUAUAUCAAUGAUACACAAACAGAUAUGAAUAAUGAAUUAUUUGGAAAUAUUAAAGAAACUUCCCUGUCUAUAAAUUCAACUAUUGUAAAUUUUAUGGAUGAUUUAAAUGAUACAUUAACUAGUAUAUUUGGUAAAACCCCUUUAUCUGGUGCAGUUGAUACCAUUGUCUAUUGUACUAUUGGUCGAAAACUAGAAAAGGUGGAAUCAGGAUUAACUUGGAUGAAUCGUAAUUUAAAUAUUGAUUUGCCAUUAUUAGGAGAUGAUUUACUGGAUGAUUUACAAGAGAUCAAGUUUUUACAACCACAAUCAGUCUUGAAUAAAAUCAAUAAGUUAAUUGAAGUUUACAAACAAUCAAUCUGGUUGGAAUUUUAUAUCAGUUUAGGAAUGUUUGUAUUAUGGUUAUUCCAAGUAAUUGUUGGAAUUAUUAUCAUUGGUUUACGAAUAUGGAAAUAUGAUCAAGAAGAAGAUAUUGAUAUUAAAGAUGAUAGUAGUAGUGUCACGUUUGCAAUACGAAAUUUAGCCAUCAGUCAUCCCCAUGAACUAUCAGAAGAACAAAAACAAGAAUAUGGAUAUCCAUUAUCAAAUCCUUAUGUAAAUCGAAAGGAUAUCAAUUCAUCUUCAAGUUAUUAUCCAAGUACUAUUGAUAUGUCUAAAUACGAAUAA